AUGGCGACAAAAACAGUUUUUCUCUUAAUCAGCUUGACUAUCGUCACAAAGGGUUGGACAGGAUCAGCUGACAUGCAAUCAGAGAUGUGCUUAAGUUAUCGGUCUGCUUUUUCCGCAGCCAGGACAAGCAGUAUGGUAGGGGGACUCCAAAAAACAGUCACUUUUGACAAGCUAUUUGUUAACAUUGGAGGCGAUUUCAACCCAGACACAGGAAGGUUUUGCUGCAGGAUACCAGGAGCCUACUACUUUGCAUUUACAGUUGGAAAGUAUCCUAAAAAGAUACUCUCUGUUAUGUUAGUAAAAAAUGGCCAGGAGGUUCAAGCUAUUGCCUACGAUGAACACAAAUGCAAACAGCGCAAGGUACAGAGUCAAAGUAUCAUGCUUAGCUUGGAAUCCAUGGACACUGUAUGGCUUCUGCUCCAUGACAAUCCUAAAUUUGGACUGUAUAGUAAUGCAGGGACAUAUACUACCUUUACUGGUUAUUUGGUGUAUCCAGAUACUGAUUCUACGAAGGAGUUAAGAGAAAUACAUCCACAGAAAAAAUUUCACUCAGCAUUUUCUGUGGCAAGAACUAAAUCAUUACUUGGAGAACGCACAAAAGAAGAAAGCAAAAAAGCAAUUACCUUUGAUGUGGAAUACAUCAAUAUUGGGGAUAACCUAAACAAGUCAUCUGGUCAGUUUAUAUGCAAGGUUCCUGGGGCUUAUUAUUUCUCCUUUAAUGUUGGAAAACACCCUUUAAGGGCGGUUUCUGUCAAGUUAAUGAAGAACUAUAAUGAGGUCCAAGCCAUGAUAUUUGAUGAUAACAGUUCUAUGAGCAGGGAGAUGCAAAGCCAAAGUUUAAUGCUCUCUUUAAAACAAGGUGAUGUGAUCUGGCUAUAUAGUCAACAAGAUGAACAAUAUGGAAUAUACAGUAAUCAUGGCAAGUAUAUAACAUUUACAGGAUUUCUCCUCUAUCCUGAUGAAAGCAGACUAUAUACCAACAAGCUAGAAAAAACAUAA